AUGGACGCUCAGCAGGUGCCGCCAGGCUCGCUGAGCUGGCGCCUCAGCACACAUCCCAUCACGCUGCUCACCUAUCUGGGCAUCCGCAUCGGCAGCUUGCUCGUCUACCUCUUCGGCCUUCUCUUUACGGCCAACAAGGUUCUCGUCUUCAUCAUCACCAUUCUCCUGUUGGCUGCCGACUUCUACUACCUCAAGAACAUUGCCGGCCGCCGUCUCGUCGGCCUUCGCUGGUGGAAUGAGGUUGACCCGCAGUCUGGCGACAGCCACUGGGUCUUUGAGAGCAGCGACCCGGCAUCUGGCCGCGUCAACAACGCCACCGACAGCCGCUUCUUCUGGCUAGCCCUCUAUGUUCAGCCGCUGUCGUGGUCCGGCCUCUGCAUCCUCGCCAUCUUCCGGUUUAACAUACUGUGGCUGCCGCUGCUUGCCAUCGCCCUCGCCUUGACCAUCACCAACGCCCUCGCCUUUUCCCGCUGCGACAAGUUCGGCCAGGCUUCCAACAUGGCUGGCUCAGCCUUCUCCACCAACAUUGCCAGCAGCAUCGCCACCGGCGUCUUCGGACGCUUCAUCGGCCGGUGA